UGUGAAAGCAGAUUUUCUAAUGUUCCAGGCAUACAUUAACGUCGAAAUGAUAUAAAUGCAUUUGUUUUACAUGUUAAAUACUUCAUGACAUUUGCAUUCUUUUUUCUUACAACAUAAACAAAAUCAAUUCUUCUAACUGUGUUAUCGUAAAUCUAAACGUGAGUUAAGAAUAGGGUUGUAAAAGCAUAUCCAGGCAUUACUAUCUCAAACGCUGUAUGUACUUGUUUGUAUCGAGCAUUGCCAGAGUGAAUAUGGUGUAACGUAUUAUGCGCAAUAUCGAGCAUCUCGACUUUUCUUUCAUUAUGGCUUAAUAUAUUAUUCUUCUUAUUGAAAAAAAAGCCUAUAAAAAUGAAGCAAUGUGAUUCUAACAUAAUUUGAAGUGUAUUCUCAUGACGGCAGAAAAGCUGUGAACAGCAAAAUUUAGCAAGCAUAAACACCAUAACACACUCAGUAAGCAGCGAAUUUCAAGGGUAUAAUUUCAACGAUAUAGAGGGAUUCACUAUAAGUCAACGAAACUGGAGUUAUUUAUGAUCAAUAAUUCAAAUGUCCACAAGAAUCAUAUUGAGUAUAUCCGCGUACUGUCAUUAAAAAAUUGUACAAAGUGUAAAAUUUUUGUAAUUUAUUAUGGGAUUAGCAAAGUCCAUUUCAGCAGCGGCAAAAACAUUGAUGAAUUGGUAUUUGAUAACCUUGUCAAGCAUAAUACUCAAACAGUUCAUUUUUAUUAUGGGUAUCAUGAUUCAGUAAUUACUAUGACUUAAUAUAAUAUACUCAUACUAGCGCCAAUAA